UCUCACCUUGUUGGAUCAGAACUCGACCUCACACCACGACGCAACGCAACCCCAAGUCAGCUGGACUAUAGUUAAAACAACAGUAAACAAUUUCCAUUUUCGACAACUCUUACACACAUCUAGUCGCAGUAUAGGCUAGCAUAUCCGAAACCACCGUAUCGGCAUGCCGCACCACAUAACAAACUGCGUCUUUGCGCGCACGAGCCUGACAACCUGCGACGUCUUUGUCAGAGCCUUGGCUCACAUGAGCCCCAGGGCGGAACUAUCACCCGAGGAAUUUAUUGAAGCAGCAAGUCCAUGGUUUCUGGAUACCGAAACAGUGUGGAGUAGGGUGUUUCUCACGGGCACAGGAUGA